CUGAAGGCAAAGUACUACCAUCGUUGACGCCACGGUGGCCGUGCCCUCCAACCCAACCAUCCCGCACGACACCACGGCACGAUCUGAGAGCGAGCAGCAGCCGGCCGGAGUGGUUUAGUUUAACUAGGUUGGAGGGGCACCGCUCACAGAGACUACGAGAACACCACCACCCUAGGCUUAUUUUAGAGAGAGUGAGAAUUAUUCUUGAAAAGAAAGAAAAGAAGGUAGACUGAAACAACGCCUCCUCCUCUCAGAAGAAGAAAGAUCUGAACGGCCGGAAGAAGGAAAAGGAUCAUGAUGAUGAGCAGCUCUUCUUCUUCUUCGUCCUCUCCAGCUAGAGUGACUCAGGUAUGCUUUGGUUUUUGAUUCAGGGCAGCAGAUUUUUCACAGGAUUUACCCGAUUGUGCAAAGGCCUUUCUGUGAUACUUGUUGGAGGAUAUGUUUUACUGCAAAUCUUUCCUUCAGCUGUCAAUUAUGUCGCACUUAUUCCUGCAAGGACAAUUCCAUUUGCGUGGAACCUCAUCACUGCUGGCUACCUUGAGCAAUCACUUCCUGGGGUGGUCAUCAGCAUGGUUGGUCUUCUUUUAUUUGGGAAAUUGCUGGAACCCCUAUGGGGUUCCAAGGAGUUCUUGAAGUUCAUUAUUUUGGUGAAUUUUUUAACUGCAGUCUGCGUCUUUCUCACUGCCAUUACAUUGUACUACGUAACAAGGCAGGAAAGUUACCUUUAUACCCCUCUUUCUGGCUUCCAUGGGGUUCUCUCUGGAUUUCUAGUAGGGACAAAACAAAUUAUACCAGACCAGGAGUUGAGUCUAGUUUUUCUUUUGAAGAUCAAAGCAAAGUGGAUGCCAACUAUUGUUGCAUUGGUCUCAGUAGCUAUAAGUUUUUUUACAACAGAGCCUGUAUCUUUUGUUCCAACUAUACUAUUUGGCAUUUAUAUGGGUUGGAUUUACCUGCGUUACUUCCAAAAGAAGCCAGAAACAGGCCUUAAAGGAGAUCCAAGUGAUGAGUUUUCUUUCUCCAGCUUCUUUCCUGAAUUUUUGCGGCCAAUUUUGGACCCUAUCGCUUCAUUAUUUCAUCGGGCUCUUUGUGGAAGAUCUGAAACUUAUUCUGAAAUGAGAGGUGAUACAUUGACUCCAUUGCCUGGUUCAGAUCCUAUUGAGGCAUCUAGGAGAAGAGAACGGGGAGCAAGGGCACUGGAACAAAGGUUGGCAGCUGAGAAACUAGCUGUUACAGGGAGCAUAGAGGUUACAUCACAUGAAAAGGCUGCUGAAAAUGUUUGAGAACUCAUCGAGGAAUCUGAUAAAUUCACUGCUGCUAUAUGUCACUGCAAACAAAUUCUGUAGGAAAAAAUGCAUUCAUUUGCUAGUGCAAAUGGCUGCAGUCUUCAUGUGGAGAGGCCAUCAGUUUACAAGGGUUUUUUGUACUGUUUUUACUAUUUUACGUGGUAGUAUUUAAAGGAAAAUCUUUUUAAAUACAAUAUAGAAAAGCAAUAUGAUAUCAUAUUUAGCUUUUGUUUUCCAA